GUUGGAAUGUACUAAGUAGAAGACGAAGCUCCUUGAAGAGUUCUGAGGCAGAGAUAGCAUUCAAGCCAGCAUAGCUUGCAUCCAAAGGAAAAUAUGGAUUUGGUCACCUGCAUCUGAAUAAUAUUACUCUGGAAUGACAAGACAACUGAAAAUACCUUCUUCAAUGAACCCCAAAUCUGUGUCAAGAAGUGUGCUAAUAUACUAGACAGCAUGCGUACUUUGCAAGAUGAAUAUUAUUGUUCCCAUUUCACAGAUGAGUAAACUGAAGUUUAAAGAGUUUACAGAAAAUUUCCCCAAAAAAACACAACUGAGAUGACAUCUCACUCUGUUGCCCAGGCUGAAGUGUGUCUGUUUGACAUUGUUAAUACAUCCUCAGCAUCUACAAUAGCACUUGACUCAUAGUUGAUCUGUAUAAAUAUUUGCUCAGUGAGUGAAUAGCCACUACCUUGAAGAGUAGUGGCUUUGUCUAAAAUGGAAUCAAAGAUUCAACUCAGAGCUCCCUCAACAAUCCUAAUGGGAGCCCAAGAUAGUAUGUGUUUCUCCCCUGAUAAGAUCUCCAGUGGAAGUUCUAAAUUGAUAAAGUGAGGCAGAACAGUAGUCUGGGUCAUCAAGAUGGCUGACUAGAAGCUCCCAGGACUUGCCUCCUCCACAGAAAAGACACAAAACAAUAAAUAGAUAACUCUUGUAUAGAAUAUCUAAAGAAAAACACUGGAAUCCAGCAAGAAAGUGACAAAGACCCUCUAAGGCAUGGAAAUUCAUGAUGGCAGCAUAGAGAGGGAAGCAAAGCAGGCAGCCAGGAUGAAUUCAGAGUCAAGAGGGAUUCCCCAUUGCAGGGAAAAGAUAAGCAGAAGAUCUCCAGAAAUCCACAUUCUCACCACAGAUACCUACAAUCAUAACUACAGGAGAGUCCUCACAGGCUUCAAAGGCCCUCAGUCCAGUAUACUAUACUGGGGAGCUACCUGGAGCCAACGUGGCUGCAUUAUUCCAGAAAGAAGAUUCACACUUGGUCACCCUCACUCCGCAGGAACCAGGCUGCUGCAGCAAAAUAGCAUUUUGAGAGCAAAGAAACCACCAGAGUACAACCUGACAGAUGGCCCAAUAGCAGUUACAUUUCCACAUCCCUGGGACUCACUGACAUCUUACCACAUUCAUCCAAAGGUCUGCAGCAUUGUGACACCAGCUGGACCCAGAGGUACAGCUGAGAACCCAGCACCCAAGUUCAUGAAGCACCCUACACCCUGGGGAACAGGAAGUCCCGCGCAGCAGAAAGGCUGCCGACAGAACCCAGGGAGCCAGUGCGUGCCCUUCCAGAACCUGAGAACCACCUGCCUGGGGACCAGAGAAAUGGCCCACCCAUGGCUUGCUGCUGCUCCCCACCAAUGACCCUGCCACCUCCAGCAGGGAUGCUGCAUGCCCACAUGUGCUACCUAAAGGCACAAUGACCAGCCUACCCAAUGUUCACAUCCUCAACAAAACCAUGCCACAGCCACCACAAACAACCAAAGUCUAGGCCACUGAGGCACUUGCAGUCAAAUAAAUCAUACAGAGACUACUGCACUUACGUAGCAUCAAAGCCAGAGCAACCUACCCAACCUACACUAUAGAACACAUCUAUAGGAAAAAGUCUUUCCCUGCAAAAGCAACUCUAUAGAAUUGGAAGAAGUGACUGUUCUGCCAGAUGCGCAAAUAUCAACAUAAGGACACAAGAAAUAUGAAGAAGCAAGGAAAUAUAACACUUACAAAGGAAAACAAUAAUUUUCCAGUAACAGAUCUGAAAGAUAAAGAAAUCUACGAAAUGCCUGAAAAUGAAUGAAAUAUGAUGAUCUUAAGGAAAUUCAGUAAGAUAUAAGAAAACAAAUAGACAGUUCAACCCAAUCAGGAAAACAAUUCAUGAUCUGAAUAAGAAAUUCAACAGAGAUAGAUAUUAUUAGAAAGAACCAGAUAGAAA